AUGGCUGAUACGAACCAGGGAAGUCCUAAUGGGUCUCCAACUACGCACCCUCCUUAUUGGUUCAGUCAUGGCCAUGGCCGUGUUCUUUAUCCUCUUUUCGCCAUCCUCAACGUUGUUCUUAUCCUCUUCUUGUACUGCUACAUCUCGCGGAAACUGUGCAAAAAGUCUCAGCAAUUGAAUGAGACCAACACGACCGCUGCUUCUUCCGCCAGCACCUCUCCCUCGUCCUCCCUGCGCCACGCCAGGCUCAAACCAGACGUGUUUCUGUCACUACCCGUCUUCGUGUACUCCAUGGCGAACGAGGGCAAACUGGAGUGCAGCGUGUGCUUAACGGAGUUCAAGGAAGGCGAUAAGGGGCGGCUCCUUCCGAGAUGCAGCCACAGAUUCCAUGCCGACUGUGUCGACAUGUGGUUUCAGUCUCAUUCCACCUGCCCCAUUUGCCGGUCCGCCAUUGAACCUAAAGCUCCGGGAUCAGAUGAGGCAGUAUGA